AUGACGCGAGUCCUGCCCCCGACCCGGACUUUCGUCCAUCCAGCUACCCGCCACAGCGGAAGAAAGCAGUCACAACGUCCCAUCUCAUAUCCCGUCCUCAACUCGGUGCUUCCCCAGCGCCCAGAUUCAUCGACCGACGACGUGAUUGAGGCCGUCCUUAGGGACCAGCAAGCGACCCCAGAUCUCGAUGACCGCCUCGGCUUUUUGCAGGCGAACGUCAACAAGAACUGGGAUCGCCUCAAUGACCUGUUUGAGCAUGUCAAGUCGUUGGACCGCGCCCCUGCCUUCAUUGCCAUCCAGGACCCUCCCUACGACUUUGCCACGGAUUCGAAGAGAGAACGCGCCGGCUAUUGGUGUGAGGCUCAACAUGGCUGGCCGAAACUCAACUCCAAGGACGAGGUCGAGCUGGAGAACAACGUGCCAGUGCUAGCCUCGAGCCGCGUCGCCUUCUAUGUGCACAAGUCUUUGGCUUUGGCGUCAUGGUCCGUCGAGUGGGACAGAGGUGCCAACGAGCACUAUGUUGCGUCUCUAUCCCUCGACUUGGUCGGCGGCGACAGGAUCAAAGUCUUCAACGCCUACAAUCGCACCCGCAAUACCAUCGCAUUCAACCUUCUCCUCCGCGAAGCUGUCGCCGACUAUUGCAUUCUUUUGGGCGACUUCAAUCUUCGUCAUCGGGCCUGGAGCGACCGACAUAUUUCUGAUAGGGCCACGAAGCAGCUGGAGAUCGAGACUCGACUUGCCGGAAUGCGUUGUCUUCUGAAGCCAAAGGACUUCACGUUCAAGCGAGGAGAGACGCAGACCACCAUCGAUCUAGUUUUUCUCGGUGAAAGGCUUAAGGACCUCUGCGAGCUUUUUCACGUCGCGAGGCCGCGUGGUUUUACCACGGACCACGCAGUACUCGAGACAGUCCUCAACGUGUCGCCCGAUCGGGACCACACCCCGGUCCUCCAGAUUGACAAGGCAGACCCCGACGUUGUCCGGUCAGAGAUGGCCACUCGUCUCCUUGCCAAAUUCGGCGAUCCAUCUCACCUGCGUCAGCAUCAACUGUCCACCACCGACAAGCUCGACCAGUUCGCCAAAGCCUUUGUCGUGUCCGCCAAGGCCGCGAUCGAUGCCACCAUUCCCACCAUCAUCCGCAACCCCGUUGGCCAGAAGCCUCCAGUGCGAACACGCGUGGUCCAAGAGAGACUCUUGCGCGAGGAACACGCACUUCGAGUCCUUUACAGGCAGAAAAGGGGGACUCAAGCCCACAACUACGCCUACGCGGUAUGGCUGGACGCCGUCAAGCAGACCAACCGUUUUAUGCGUAUCGCCAGCAACGUCAGGAAGCGUACCCGAAGCGCUGAGCAAGCCAAAGACCUCUCGAGCCUUUUUGCUAUGGCAAGAUCGGCUCGCUUCUACGGCAAGAUCAGGGCCUCACCUCACAUGCCAUGGCUCAAGAAGCCUGACGGCACAGCCUGCGCAAGCUCCGAGGAGAACGCUCGCUGUUUUCGCGACGCGAUGUGGUCCGACACAAGCGAAGAGCGCCUGGCUCCUACAGAGUUGCCACCUACCCUGGUGCGAUCUCGUGCUUCAGCUGCAUCGGGCCACGCUCUGUCGACUCCUUCACGGAAAAAGUCAAAGCCGAAGAAGAAGAAGACCCGAAAGGAUAAGGAGACUACAGUUUGCCCACCUGGGCAAGACGGUUCUUCGUCUACAGAACCUCCAGCUGAUAUUGCGCCCAGCUCUGGUUCCCCCACAUCCAGCGUCGCUACCUCCACUUCCUCUGAUGGCUCUAUACCAGCAUUGGCAUCAACAAGAUCCAUAUGUUCCGUCCGCGCAUCGCCUGGCUCACUCAGUUCGUGCAGUCAUCCUGUGACUCAGCCAUCCGGCCCUAUCGCUUCGGCCGAGCAGACUAGUUUGUCUAGUCUGCCAACAACACCCUCCGCUACUUGCACGGCCUCAUCGAGCCCAUCUCCCGCCAGUCAGCCUGCCCUAGUUGCCGCUGCUGGCCCUGGCUCUCCGAGCCCAUCUCCCGCCAGUCAGCCUUGUUCGGCUACGAUACCGGAAUCCAUCAGAUCGUCCCCAUCAUUCAGUGCUAUUGGAUCACGGCCUGGAUCAUGCGAUGGAACCCGGAACGGCGCCCGCCCUCUUGGUUCUCGCCAUCCUUUGUCAACCACGCGUUCGAAGUCUCGGUCAAGGUCUCCAUCUAGGACUGACGAGAUAUCGAGCAGCAACGAGGCAGGAUCGUCAAGAGCGGUCAACGAUUCUACUAACACUCAAUCACCUGAGCCUGCAUCACUGGCUGGCCUCCUUGGUGAUACUGUCUUGGGUAGAAAGCCGGACCGUAACAAUAGCUUCCAGAAAGCCGCCUUGUUACGCGCAUUGGCAAAAGAAGGACCCCCAAAGGUUGAUGAAGAUACAGUGUCCCGUAUCAUUCGGAAGCUUCCCAGCCGCAAGGCAGCUGGCCCAGACGGUGUUCCAAGUGACGUCCUCAAGAUGACACUGGACGUCAUUUUGCCCUACCUCGUUCAUCUCUUCAAGGCUUGUUAUGGGUUUGCUGGGAAGAGUUGUACCAAGGCACUAGAGCUGAUCGUCAACACCGUCCUCAAUGGCUGGUGCGCGACUACGACGGACAAGAAGUGGCGGACUACUCUCUUAGGUCUCGACAUUUCGGGUGCCUUCAACCACGUCAACCGUCAGGAAUUGAUUAAGGUUUUCGCUGAAAAGGGCAUACCGCUGUGGGCUUUGCGAUUUGUGUGGUCAUUCUUGUCGGACCAAUGCACUUGUGUCAAGCUUCCAGGACACACCUCGGCGAAGUUUUGGGUCAAUGUUGGGAUUCCCCAGGGAAGCCCCCUCUCGCCCAUCCUUUUUGCGUUGUUUGCCGCUCCCAUCCUGGAUAUCCUGCAGCGCCAGAAUCUGGGCCGGAGCCGAAUCCUUCUUGGCCUUUCUUACGUCGACGACACCUACAUCAUGGUGUGCACCGAUGACUGGGAAAAGAACUGUCGCAUUUUGGAGGAGUGUCACCAGAAGAUUGUGGACUGGGCCACUCCUCGUGGUCUCCGCUUCGAUCCUGCGAAGUACAACGUCAUGCACUUUCGCAAGCCCCACGGCGAUUUGAACGCAGCGUCUGCGCCCCAGAAUAUCCCCAACCUACCAUUUCUGACGGAGGAAAACCUGGUGAAAGAGACGGACGAAGGUGGCCUUCGUAUUCUUGGCGUUCAGGUCGACCAUCAGUUGACUUGGAAAUGGCAAAUCGACCAGAUUGAGGAGAAGGUCCGCAAGAAGCUGAACCAGCUGAAGCGCAUGUCGACAUCUGUCUCGGGGCCGAAUCUCCUUCACAUGAGGCAGCUGUACCUCUCUACCAUCCGUCCCAUUAUCUCCUAUGCCUGCCCUGCCUGGUUCAUGCUUGGCAACGACUCCUCCACGACCUAUAACUUUCGACAACCCUACAUCCAUCGCCUGGACAAUCUUCAGAACGAAUGCUUGGUCACUGUCGCCGGUGCCUACAAGAAGGCGCCCACCGUCCCGCUCCACAAGGAGCUUCACGUUGACCCAAUCGCCGUCUACUUGCAGCGAGUCGCCAUGUCACACCGCGCCCGCAAUAUUUUCACCGAUGACUACGACCUCAUCAACACCACUUCGUUCCCAUUCAAGAGAGAAAUGACGUUCUUGAAGUCCCAUCCAUACAAGAUCGAUUACGACCACGCCAGGGAACUCGUCGAGGAGGCGGAGCAGCAGCUUCGGGAGUCGAAGCCUGGCCUCGCCGACGCCACUCUGAUUGACAUGGAUCCUCGCAAGAGGAGUCAAGUCGUCAACCGGUACAUCCGCGAACAAGCGACGCUCCUCAGUGAGCAUCUUUGGAAGGCAUAUCGCGACCGUCCACGGCCGUCUCGCACGGUCGCCUACGGCCUCAGAGGCCGCCCUGUUGCCGCUGAGGGAAAAUGGGGCGCUUUCAACCUCAAGCGGUUCAAGGGCCUGUCUCGGGCGCAGUCCUCCAUUCUGAUCCAGUGCAGGACUGGCUACAUUGGCCUCAAGGCCUUCCUGCACCCGAAGAACCUUGCCGACACAGACAUGUGUUCUUGCGGUCAAGAUGAGCACACUGUUGAACAUCUCAUCUUCGACUGCCCCUCUCUAGCCAGUGCUAGAAGGAAUCUUCCCAUUUGGAAGUGGAGAAUUUCUCGGUAUCACGCCCACACCAGGCAGCGACGCUCCCUGGAUGAUUUGCUCACCGACUUCUCCCGUGCGGUCUCGACCUGGGCCAUUCACCACUUUGGUCUUGACCAGUUUGCCUGGACGGACCAACACAUGAUUCACGGACCAUCGAAGAAACACUCGCACUUUCACUGUGAAGUGACAUAG